ACUUUAUAAUUUAUUAAUUAUUCUUCAUAUAGUUACAAAUACAGCUUAGAUUAUGUAUCUUCAUUAUAGAAUGAUUGAAUAAUAUAAGGAAUGUUGAAAUCAGUUUAUAACAAGUCAAGUACUGACAAACCAUCUUUCAAAAUUGCUGGUUCAGUUAGGUUUAUUAUAUUUGGUUUAGUAGUUUUACUCCAUUUGGGUUGUGAAGUUCCGAUUUAUAUUUCAAACUGGAAAAUGGAAUUAAAAGAAAUCGAUGGCAGUGUAUUAGAAGGCGGAGGUCAAAUACUCAGAUUGAGCAUAGCUUUUUCAUGCCUCUUUGAACAGCAUGUAAAAAUAUUUAAAAUAAGAGCCGGACGUUCAAGUCCAGGAUUGAAACCGCAACAUUUAGCUGGAAUUCAAUUAGUAAAACAAAUGUGUAAUGCAACUGUAACGGGAGACAAGCAAAAUUCAUGUGAAUUAAUAUUCAAUCCUAAAACUUUGAAAAUGGGAAAUUUUAAUUUAAAUAUUAAUCCACAAACUGCUGCGAGCAUCCCUUUGAUGAUUCAGUCAGUUUUGCCCGUUGCUAUAUUUGCCAAACACAAUUCAACGAUAAUCAUGAAGGGAGGCACCGACGUUAGUUUCGCACCAUCAAUGGAUUAUGUUACUAACGUUUUAUUUCCUAUUAUUAAAAAAAUGGGUAUUAGUUGCUCGGCACAAAUCAAUAAACGAGGUUUUUAUCCGAAAGGCCGUGGAGAAGUAAUACUGAAAAUUGAUCCCAUUAAUGGACCUUUAAAUCCUAUUGUUAUUGAUAAUUUUGGCGAUCAACCGACCAUCAGAGGAAUAGUUUUUUUAUCUGGACCAAGACAUUUAAAUAAUAAGCAUCAAAUAGUAAGUGAUAUAGAAAGUGCUGUUAAAAACAAAUUAAACAACUUUGGUUAUCAUAAAGUUGACGUUGAAACUAAGAUUGAAGAAUCUGAUGGUUCUGGUGGAAGUUUAGUAUUAACUGCUCUAUCAGGAAAGUGUUUACUUGGAACUUCUGCAUUGUACGAUAUGAGAAAAUCGACAGUUCAGAGUAUCUCAAAUGAAGCGUGCAAUAAACUUGUAAAUGAAUUAGAUUCAAAAUCAUGUGUCGACGCUAAUGCUGUGGAUAAUUUAAUUAUAUUUAUGGCACUAGCAAAUGGAAAAUCAAAAGUCAAAUGCAAAGAAAUUACUCUUCAUACCGAAACUGCAAUUCAUAUUGCUAAACAGUUUACUAAUGCUAAAUUUGAAAUUACUCAAACCGAAGAUGGACUGAAGGAAAUUGUUUGUGAAGGUAUUGGAUUUAAACCGACUUAACCUGUAAAUGAUAAAAAUUGUUUUUUGUUAAAAUACUAUAAACUAUUGUAAGUUUUAUUGAGUGGUUCCUGUAAUGUCGAUAAAAUAUAUUGUUUUUUUAAAUUUA